UCUGGUACCGUACCUGGGGAAUGGGGUAGUAAUCCGUGGUCAUCCGCGCCGGAUGCUAUCUGAGGACCCCAGUCCUGGGUUGAAGGUUCCGGCCGCGCGCCCCGCGUGUCGUCGCUAUGCCUCGCAAAAUUGAGGAAAUCAAGGACUUCUUGCUCACGGCCCGGCGCAAGGACGCCAAGUCUGUCAAGAUCAAGAAAAACAAGGACAAUGUGAAGUUUAAAGUUCGAUGCAGCAGAUACCUUUACACCUUGGUCAUCACAGACAAAGAGAAGGCAGAGAAGCUGAAGCAGUCCCUGCCCCCAGGUUUGGCCGUGAAGGAACUGAAGUGAACCACGCACGCUGCUUUGAACUGUAUUAAAAUUUUUAAAAUUCUCAAAA